UUUUCACUUUGCAGCGGCGAUCGUUCAGUACGGGGACGAGUUUCGCACGCGACGGCGGCUAAAAAAACAGCGUCUUUCAGGAUCGGUAGAGUAGCGGUGAGAAUCUUCGCGCUUCUUUGUGUUGAACCGAAAUAUUCGUGGCUUCAUAAUGAUAACGAUAGCUUUGUUUGCAUUUAUCGGGAUCUCGGUUUGUUUGUACUUUAAGUUACGAUACAAGUUCGCGGAAAAAAUACCAGCUGUAGAACCGUUACGAUUCUUUUUCGGUAAUGGACUGGAUUUUGCGAAUAAAAAUUCGUACCAGAUUUUUUUGAAUUUGACACGUGCUUUCAGCGAGAAUAAACGACUUUUCAAGCUGAAAUUCGGUCCGAUUGCGAUCAUCUGUCCGACCCAUCCGGAUCUGAUCCAGAAGGUGCUAUGUGAUUCGGCCAGUUUGGAGAAGCCGUACGUGUACGGCUUCCUGCGGGUGAUGCGAGGAUUGCUGAUCGCGGAAUACGAUCUCUGGAAAGUUCACCGCAAGGUACUGAAUCCUACCUUCAACAGCCGCAUCCUGAACAGCUUCAUACCGAUCUUCACCGACUGUGUGGAUAAAAUGAUCAAGAGUAUAGAGAAACAAUGGAAGCCAGGCCAGGCGCUCAACAUCAUAGAGUUUACCUCGCCCUGUACGUUGAGCAUGAUCUGUAGGACCUCGCUGGGUGGUAAAGUUUUGGAGCGCGAAGGAACACAGGAAUUCGUUGUAGGAUUGGAAGCGAUUCUUCGUAACGUGGGUCUGCGCAUGUUCAAUGCGAAUCUUCACCCGGACAUUGUAUAUCGAUUCACCCGUUUCUACCGCUAUGAAAUGGAAGCUAGAAAGUUUUGCUAUGCAUUUACUGAUAAGAUUAUUCACGAAAAACGAGCAGAGUUUGCUAAACUGCAGAACAAAAAUGAUUCCAACAACAAUCCUAAUGGUUCUCCGAAAGGAGGCAAUAAGCAAGUGAACAAGGUUGAACCUGAAGAGGUGGAAGACGAUAUGCUGUCCUAUAAGAAGCCUCAAAUAUUCAUCGAUCAGCUGAUGACCACUCCAUUGCCAGAUGGUAAAAUGUUCACGCAUGAAGAAAUAACCGAUCACAUUUACACUAUGAUCGCUGCUGGGAAUGAAACUUCUGCUACGCAAGCUGCCCACACGGCGCUCCUGCUGGCUAUGCAUCCGGAAAUUCAGGAACGAGCCAUGGUCGAACUGAGAGAAGUUUUUCCCACACGUGAAUCCGGAUACAAUCCCGAAGUAUUGAAACAGUUGGUCUACAUGGAUCGAAUAAUUAAGGAAUCUCAACGCCUCGCCCCGGUGGCUGCCGUUUUCGGUCGGCAAACAUUGAGUGAUCUACAGUUGGAUGAAUUUGUAAUUCCGAAAGGGAACAUUUUCAUUCUCAACAUCUUCGCACUGCAUCGGCGGAAGGAGUUUUGGGGAGAAGAUGCCGAAGAGUUCAAUCCUGAUCGGUUCCUGCCUGAAGAAACCAAAAAGCGGCAUCCAUUCGCAUAUCUUCCUUUCAGUGCUGGUCCAAGAGGGUGUAUUGGAAGUCGCUACGCAACGAUGAGUCUUAAAACCAUCAUCUCGGAACUCUUACGAAACUACAAGCUGACCACGGAUAUGAAGUACCAAGAUAUCAAGUUCAAAUUCAAAGUUUCCAUGCACUUGGCUACCGAGCACCGGGUAUUCCUUGAACCUAGAAACAUGUACCCCGAUUAGUAACUCACCUUUAUUAAAUUGUUUUGCCACAACAUACCGUGCGUGUUCCAAAGGGUACCUCAGUUUUAUACUCCAACCAAUAGUUACCGGUUUCGCCAAAUCGAUAAUGAUAUAGCAGUAUGCGGUUUUGAAAUAUACAUUGGAU